AUGUUACAGCACCAUCUCUGGCACCAGGAUCUCCCACUAGCACCUCGACCUCCCGCCCACAUAGAGACGCGUAGUGAGACUGAAGAUGCUCUCAGGCUCGGCCUUGAGCCGAGCGUUGAGAGCUGGUUGGCCCGGUUGCCAUGGCACCGCCUUGUGCCCCACCCUCUCUCGCCCCCACACACCCCCUCGGCAGUCAGGGUUUGGCAGCCGGUCACGUGCCACACAGCGUAACCACACCUCCGCUUCUCAGCGCAAAGUAAAGGGGUCACGUGGGAUAGCAACAGGUCACGUGGCCGCACAGGUCCCGCCCUCUUCCCCCACCACACCCCUCCCAUCAAAGCGGCCCCGGUCGCCGAGUGCGCAUGGGUGGAGGUCACGUGUCCAGAACGUCCGCCGUCGGCCCCGCCUCCCGGGUUUCCGCGCGCCUCUCUGGCAGCUGGUCACAUGGUGAGGGUGGGGGUGAGGGGGCCUCUCUAGCUCGCGGCCUGUGUCUAUGGUCUGGCCCGAAGCGUCCAGCUGCCCGGGACCGAUCCCCGGUGUAUGGCGCCGCAGGAACCGGCUCCCGGGCCCAGAUAAAGGGCCACCUCCGCAGCUCUUGGCCGAGCGUAAGAUCCCCUGCUCCGAGAAUGGCUACCACUCGAUAUGAACCCGUGGCUGAAAUUGGUGUCGGUGCCUAUGGGACGGUGUACAAAGCCCGAGAUCCCCACAGUGGCCACUUUGUGGCUCUCAAGAGUGUGAGAGUUCCUAAUGGAGGAGCAGCUGGAGGGGGCCUUCCCGUCAGCACAGUUCGUGAGGUGGCCUUGUUAAGGAGGCUGGAGGCCUUUGAACAUCCCAAUGUUGUACGGCUGAUGGAUGUCUGUGCUACUUCCCGAACUGAUCGGGACAUCAAGGUCACCUUAGUGUUUGAGCAUAUAGACCAGGACCUACGGACAUACCUGGACAAAGCACCUCCGCCGGGCUUGCCUGUUGAGACCAUUAAGGAUCUGAUGCGCCAGUUUCUAAGCGGCCUAGAUUUCCUUCAUGCAAACUGCAUUGUUCAUCGGGACCUGAAGCCAGAGAACAUUCUAGUGACAAGUAAUGGGACAGUUAAGCUGGCCGACUUUGGCCUAGCCAGAAUCUACAGCUACCAGAUGGCCCUCACGCCUGUGGUUGUUACGCUCUGGUACCGGGCUCCUGAAGUUCUUCUGCAGUCUACAUAUGCAACGCCUGUGGAUAUGUGGAGUGUUGGCUGUAUCUUCGCAGAGAUGUUUCGCCGGAAGCCUCUCUUCUGUGGGAACUCUGAGGCCGACCAGCUGGGCAAAAUCUUUGAUCUCAUUGGAUUGCCUCCAGAAGACGACUGGCCUCGAGAGGUCUCUCUUCCUCGAGGAGCCUUUUCCCCCAGAGGACCUCGGCCAGUGCAGUCAGUGGUGCCGGAGAUGGAGGAAUCUGGAGCGCAGUUGCUGCUGGAAAUGCUGACCUUUAACCCACUUAAGCGAAUCUCUGCCUUCCGAGCCCUGCAGCACUCUUACCUGCACAAGGAGGAAAGUGACCCGGAGUGAGGAGAGGGGCUGCCUUUUCCAGUUUCCGGAUGCUCGGUGGAAAGAACCUUGCUGAAGUGGCAGCCUCUGCCUUCCCCUGAGGCUAUGGAGAGUCCUCCGGUUUUUUACAGAGAAUAUUUUAAGCCUUAAAUGACAUUUCCCCACCUCUCCUUAUGAGGUUUACCCCACCCCCCCCCUCCUGUUUCUCUACACUAAAGGGCAGGCAUUAUCUGUCUUCUUCCCUCCCUGAUUUAUAUUGGGAUCUUUUUUAUACAGGAAAACAAAACAAGACAAAGAAGUAUGGUCUU